UGAAAAACCAAUAACAUAACACACAGAAGAGUAACCGGCUGCCAAGAUGGAUGAUUGGGGUAUGAGCAUGUGGUAAUUUUAACAUAUUUUACGUAAAAUUUGGUCCAGUUUUUUUGUGCUUUACCAAAUUUUAAAUGCCACAAAAUUAACAUUUAAAUUUAAUUACAGAGAAAGAGGAUUUUGAUCCAGUGAUCCAACCAGGAGGGGUAGCAGUGGCUGCAACGGAUAGGUGGGAUGGAGAAGACGAGGAAGACGAAGUCAAGGUGACCAAUUUUCGAUAUGUUUAAUAAAUGUCGUAUUUAAAGUUUUAUCCCAUUAUUAUUGUUUACUCUGAGUAUUGUUUAAUUUUGUAAUAAUUUGAUAAUAUUUCAUCAGUUCUACAGAUGUUGGCUUACAGUACCAAUGUAGGCUAUAUUUAUAUAGUUUUAUGAAGCAUUCUAGACUUUAGGACAGCUGAUUGUGCUACUCAUUAGAAUCAGCUCAGUGUUGAGUGACUAAUUCCAAAAAUCAGGCUAAAGCUAAGAGAUAUCACCAGGACGUCAUUUGCGUGUUUAUUAUAGUUGCUGUGAAUUAGGGUUAAGGUUAGGUUUAGGGAUACAUAUAAUAUUAUAGGGUUCUUUUCAGGUUAGGCUAGGUUUAGUUUAGGGAUACAUUUUAGAAAGAAAAUAAAAUGAGAAGAAUACUUAAUUUUUUUUAAGUUUACAAUUUUGGCUAUUGUUGAAAAUCAUGCUCAUGAUGUUAUUUGCGUGUUUAUUAAAGUUGCAGAGAAUUAGGGUUUAGGUUAGGUUGAGGGAUCGAUUUAGGGUUCAGGUUAGGUAGUAUAGGGAUCGAUAUGGGUUCAAGUUAGGCAUAGGAUACAUUAUUGGCAGAAUUAAUUGGUUGUGUCAAUCAAGAUGGCGGCCAUCGCGGGCAUUAUUCUCAACAUUUACCAACAAUUUAAUUUUUAUAAAAACUUUUUUUAAAAAAUAAUGUGAACCCUAGAACUAUGCGUUCAUGUACUGUUGCCUACUGAAAAAAAUUGUUAAAUUUGGUAUAAAAAGAUUAAAAUUAUUUUUGAAAUAAGGAAAACUCAACUCAUAUAUUCAGCGAAUACACUUUUACACACUUAAUAAUUCCAGAAAAGUCUGUUUUAUUUACCACCUUUCUUAUUGAAGGAAAUAUUUCUCUAGUCUCUAGCCAACUCCGAUUGCUUUAAUGCCAAAGUCAAAGAAAUGUUUCCAGAAUCGCUAGAUUGCUAGGAUAUUGCGAAGAAAAAUUACAAUGAAACAAGGGCAAGCAUGAAAGUUGAUACUCUUUCUAACUCGCUUAUAACAAAAAAAAAAUCAAUUGCAAUGCUAACCUUCAAUUGUCCAAAGAGCUGUUGGACAAAUGCAAAAAGGCCACUAGGGAUAUGCUGGAAAACUGAACGCUUAGCAGCCUGUGUACAAAUGUACAUAAAAUGGAUCUUCUGUCCUGUACUGUAUAUAUCUGUAUAUAAACAUUUCCAGUAAUUUUUUUUUCUUCAAAGACAAUGAAGGUAACUUUAUAUUGCUUUAUUUACUAAAAAAAAAAGGCUUAUGAUGCAUUAGUUAAUAGAUCUUAAUCCAAUGGCACCCUUGGGGUCCCCCAUAAGGGGGAGUUGCCCCCCCCCCCCCCCCCCCCCCCCCCCCUCCCCCCCCCCCCCCCCUUUUUUUUUACAGAUUUUUUUUCUUAGCAAGUUGGCAGGUCUGCAUUAAUCUAUUAUAUUCCAUCAGCAUAUUAAUAUAUGAAAUAGAGUAGUUAACAAUCCGCGACUAAAGAAAGUGGAUGUCACUCAUCAGAAAUUCAUGAGCGAAAUGUCAAGUGUACAUUGUUCGAAAUUAGAUUCAUUUGACACAUUCAUAUAGACCUAAACAAUAAAUGAAAAUGAAGUUUAUGAAGUCUUUCAAGUUUUGGAUGGCCAAACGUGUAUGAUUAAUUAGUAUGAAGUUAUUAAAAUUAAGUUCAUUUUGUUUAUGUUUGAAAUAUAAAUUCAUUUAGGCUACACUUCACUGAUGAUGAUUAUACUUCUUCUAGGUUACGUAACAUUAUUUAACUUUUAUUCCUUCAUAACAUUAUUAAGAUUAAUCCAGGGGGAAAAAUCUGAAUAUAAGCAACCUUUCAUGUCUACUUUUUAAAAGACAAUUAUUUGUAUAAAUAUGACUGUUGAUCCUUUGAAUGGGAAGAUGACCAAAGCAAUAUUUAGCUUGAGGUGUAUUUUGUUUAAAGCGAGGGAAAGUUGCUUAAUUCGUCAGACUUGCGAUCUGGCCUUGCCUAGACCAGGAUGCAGUAGGUUACCAGCAAUGUCUCUAGCCUUGCCUAGACCAGGAUGCAGUAGCUUCCCAGCAAUGUCUCUGGCCUUGCCUAGACCAGGAUGCAGUAGCUUCCCAGCAAUGUCUCUAGCCUUGCCUAGACCAGGAUGCAGUAGCUUCCCAACAAUGUCUCUGGCCUUGCCUAGACCAGGAUGCAGUAGCUUCCCAGCAAUGUCUCUAGCCUUGCCUAGACCAGGAUGCAGUAGCUUCCCAGCAAUGUCUCUGGCCUUGCCUAGACCAGGAUGCAGUAGCUUCCCAGCAAUGUCUCUGGCCUUGCCUAGACCAGGAUGCAGUAGCUUACCAUUACCAGCAAUUUUUCGUAUGUCUCACUGUCCUCGUUAUGCUUGCCACUUCACAGGAGUUGUCAGGAUUUUCAUUUCCUAUUGGGCUCCAUGUCCUGGUUUUAAUUCUGAGUUUGCCUUCUCUUCGGUGAGUUGCUAUCCUAGGCUAAUGAGUCCCAUCCUCCUGGGGUGCUGGUGCUGUUUUGCUUGUCUUGGCUUUUUGCUGGGGAUUGAACUCCAGUCCACAAGCUUGAAACUUACUCAGUUUAGACCGUUCGGCCACCUAGCACCGCAAUUACUAUAAAUAUAUAGCCCCCUACAUAUACCAAUGGCAGCUAUUAUAGACCUACUCUUUGCUACUGGCCUCGUCCAGUAAUAGCAAAUGUUUUUGAUACCCAGUGCCCAAAAUUAAAAUGCAUACCCAAAAACCAUAUAUUUAUUGCAAGUGCCAACACUGCUAUUCAAGAUGAAAACUUAUGGUCUCAUUUAAAAAAAAAGAAAACACAUUAACUUGCCUCGCAUGUUGAUAGAGUGGGCUCUGCAGUGUUGAUAGAGUGGGCUCUGCAGUGUUGAUAGAGUGGGCUCUGCAGUGUUGAUAGAGUGGGCUCUGCCCCCUGCUUGCCAUUAGGUAUACCCCUACUGGCAUUGACUAAUGUUUGUAUGUUUCUCUUCAUAGACUAAUCUUCUUCGUCUUCAUACUUACUAAGAAAGAAAGUUUGUCACUGAUGGAGAGUAGUAAAACUCUCAUAAUCUACUAACUCCAUUAUUCUAUACAUUUUUCUUUUGCUAAAUUCAAUAGUUCUUAACAAGAUUUGUAACUCUCAUACAAUAGGACAACUGGGAAGAUGAUGAAGAAGAGAAAAAGGGAGAGCAAACUGAUGCCAGUAAACCAGCUCAAGAAAAGUCAUCCACUGGUAAUUCACUAAUAAGCUAAAGUUGUAUUAAAGCAUAAUACUGUUGUCUUUACUUACACAAAUUGUUCUUUUAUUAACAUAAGAAAUUUUUUUUUUAUUGAUCCAAAUAAAUGGAAAUGUCUUUUUAUUACAUUGUACAUAUUCAAACGUGCUUUUUUUUAUUGAUCCAAAUAAAUGGAAAUGUCUUUUUAUUACAUUGUACAUAUUCAAUUUCAGCACUUAAAUAAGUACUUAUUCGAAUUUUAACAAAGACAACAUUUUACAAUUCUAACAAUUUAAACACAAGUCAUCUACGAUAGUAUUUCUCUAGCCUAGAAAUCAGCCAUUAAUGAACUCCUUUUAGUGACAAAAAUUACUUAAUGAUCAUUUAGAUUUGGUAAACAUUGGGGAGCACGCUGGUAAAUUAAUGAAAAUGGUAAAUCACUACAAAAGGAUUGAUAUAUUUUAUUUAAAUAGAUUUUAACAUUCUAAGUUUUUGUUAUUUUAAUAUUAUUUGAUUUACUGUUGUAGUGUUAGUAUUGUAUAGUGUAACACAACUGGUUUUUACCUUCUGCAUCUGUGACAUUAAUUACUCAAAUCAUGACUAGGUAGAUGUUUGAACAUAAUAAUUUUAAUUAAUAUCCUUCUAUUUGAAUACUAUUUUAAAUAGCUUACCAAAGGCCUAAAAAGAAACCUCUUGCUGAUAGAUUAGCUGAAAAGUCACGUGCUAAACAACAAGAUGAAGAGAAGCAGGUUUGUCAUCUCAUGGUUUUUUAAAAUUAAUAUGAAUCUAGUGGGAAUUAAUUUGGUCGGUAAUAUUGAACCCACAUUCAGAAGACUAAUCUUAUUAUUAAAACAUAUCUUAUGAAAGUAUAAAGAUAACUAAUUUUCAAAAGAUAUGUUUCAUAUGCCUAUUGUGUAAGUAAUAAGUUUCUCCUGGUUUAUAUUAUUAUAGCAGAAAUGGCUAAACAUCGAUUUCGGCAAUGAAAUAUAAUCAGGCCAAUGGUAAUAGUUUUGAAUUUAUAAUUUAAAGACAUUUAUAGAUAACAAACAAUAAGAUAUCCUACAAUAAAAUUGCUUGUUAUUGUUUUGUCAUCAUAGUAAUAGUUUGUAAAAACUUAUUCCAUUUCCAAUGCAUUUGUCUUUAGUUUGUUAAAUAUUUUGAAACUAAAAAAUAUUUUAAAAAUAGUUCAUUAGAAAGUUGGAGUUACUUCCCUUUUUUCAGGCGUACUUUAAAGGAAGUAUAGCAAUGGUUUGAGGAAUUUUUUCCCCAAGCUGAUCUAAGUGCUUUACUUUUGUGUUGCCCCGAUUGGUAAAUAAGAAAUUAAACACUUCAAUCCAUUCAAUCAUGAAAUAUGCCCCACAAAGUUUCAGUGAUGCAAUUUUUUAAAGGACCAAAGCUGCUUAUUUUUGGGGGACAUAUGUUCCAAGAGAAAAGCCUAAAGAAGUGGAAGUGUUUAACUCUCUGCAGUCUGACGUUUUUUUCACAUUUCUUAAAAAUCUUAAUGUGAUUUUUUAAAAUAAUUAAUUAACUGAUCUGAAAUAGCUCUGAUCUGAUCAGUUAAAUAUAUUAACUUGUUCAUCUUUGACUCAGCUAUCAUAAGAUAUUUUUUGUAUAUUUUAUUUUCUUAGUUAUAAAAAUAAUUGAAACAUUAUUGGAGAAUUAUUUUUUUUCAUUUUAUGCAAAAAUUUGACCAAAUCUUUACACAGUAUGAAGGAAAAAAAAAAAAUCCUUGUUAUAAAAGAUUUAAAAUUUAUUUAAAUAAAAUACUUCAUCAACUUAUACAAUUCAUAGUCAAACAUGACAAAAAUUCUUUGAACAAUCAAAAAGUUGUCAACAUUUUAGCAAAACCUAUAUUUUGUCUUUUUUUCCUAAAAAAUGCACUAUAAUUUUUCUUUUAAUGAAAAUUAUGUUUUGUAUGUAAUAUAUUUUAAAAAAUGGGUCUCAUAGCUUAUAGAUUUGUAUAUUAAAUAUAUUUCUUAAUAAUUCUUGAGUAAAAGAUGACUAAGUAAAAUUUGAUGAAUAUAUAAAUAACUCAAAACAAGAGUCAAUUUUUUUUUUUUUAAAUUUUAAAAUAGCGGUAUUCGCUGAUGUUAAAGUUAAAAAAAAUUAAAAUGUAUCAGUACAAUAAUGCUAAUUUUGAUAUUAAUGUCAAAUACGAUCCAUUCCUCACUAAUGUGAUCUAUUUUUUCCCAUGUACCGGCAUUUUUAUAUAUCUGUGUUAUAAUCCUCACAUAACACAGGCUGAUAAACUACAGUACAGUAUUCCUUAAUUAUAUUUAUGGACUCUGAACAAAUAUUAUUUCUUAAAACAGUCUGCAGUUUUAUUAUAAUAAUUAUAUUUGAUAAAUAAGAGCUUGUCCUGGACUUGAUUUCUACAUAAGAUUAGGUAAGAUUUUUCACCACAGAAUAUUCACUCAAUAAAGAACCUGUGGAAAAAAAAAAAUUGAUUGAUUCAUAAAUAAAUUAACACUAAUGGUAUCAGUAAUGGUAUGCUAUCAGUAAGGGAAAAUACCAUUAAUCCUAGUCCAAGUGCCUAAAUUAGUAUAAAAGUAAACCAUUGUACAUAGAAAAUACAUUAUAACAUAUGUUAUAACAAUAUUGUGAGUUUAUUCUUUAUGCAUUUUGCUACCAAGUGAUUAGAUUAAAACUUACCACCACUUGUUUUUAGGGUAAAAUCUUCAAAGAUAUUCAUCCAGUAACUCUGUAACUCAGUAAAAGGGUGGAGUCCAGGCUUAAUAUUUAGGAUCAAUAAGGAAUAAGGGCUUCUUGAUCCAAUAUCUGCAUUUUUGUCUCUCUCUCCUCCUUCCCAAUAGAGUUAGAGAGCUUUUAAUAAAAACAUAAAUGUUUUUUUUUUUAUUCUGCCGACAGUAGUCUCUACUAAUACUAGUGACUAGCGAUAAUGAUAAUUAAAUUUAAACACAUUUCUACUAUGCAAUAUUAGAAAAUUUAGAAGAUUAUUCUUGGCUGUAACAUAUUUUAAAGAAAUAUAUUUAGUUAAUAACUCAGAAGUCCUUAACUUUAAAUUUAUUUAAUUACGCAAGUUCCAAUCGACCGAAAUUUUCCGCUAUUUUUUUAAAAUAUUUAUUUCGCAUAGCGACGCUAUUUAUUUAUUAUAUAAUUAUUGAAACUCAAUAAAAUUCAAAUAGAAUACAUCAAUGUAAGUAUAAAUGGAUAAUAUAUACUUCAGCCAAUUAAAAUUAUAAAAAUAUCACUUUAUUGUUUUAUUAUUAAUUUUAAAGUCGGGAAAUAAUAAUUAAAAUUAAGCUUACUUGUUUACGAUAGCAUUAGUCGGUACUUUUAUAUGCAAAUCGUGAUAAAUUUCAUGAUUAGAGUCUCCAUUUGGAUACAUUGCUUUAGACAAACAAAUAACUCCUUGAUAAAUCGGGAAAUUAAAAUCAUUUGACAAUAUUCAUACUACUAUUUAAUUUUUUUUGUGAGACUUAUAUUUUUUGUUUUUUUGGAAAUCUGCGAAGCUUUCAAGGGAUACUCCGCGCUGAAUAAGUUUCCAAAAAUAUUUUUUUUAAAUAGUAAUUUCAAAUUUUGUAAUAAUUUUAAUUUUUUUACAAAUACUUAAACCAAUGAAACAAAUUAUUAAAAUAUAAUAAAUAAUUUUUUUCAAUAAAAAAAAAAGUUAAAAAAUAAAUAACCCACCCACAAAUUCUAUGGUACUUAUAUGUACCAUUUCUCUAUAGUCGGACUGCAGAGAGUUAACAGAUCUUACGUAUUGAUUGCAGUUUUAAUAUUCACUUUGUUACUGAAGUGGAUUUUAAUGUUGUAGUAAACGUUUUAAAAAAAUGUAUUCACAGGAAGUCAAAGAAUUAACGGCAGAGGAAAAGCUAGCAGAGAAAAUACGAUUACAAAAGAUCCAAGAGGAAGCAGAUUUAAAAUUAGCCAAAGGACUUUUUGGUAUGGAGUUCUGUGAUAAUUUAAACUUUUUAAUAACUUUGAAUCUGCAUGUGAUAAGCUUUGUAGAGUGGGGAAAAAUAUUCUGCAAUUGGCAUUCAAUUUUCAAGGACAUGUACUUCACAUCACCAAAAAUGUUUGAUGUUACGUUUCCAAGUAAGGGAAAUAAUGUCAUGGCAGACGGUCUAAGAACUUAGUUCAACUACACUGUUGUAAGAAAUCUAAAACUGUGUCAUUAUUUCUGAAGAUGUCAUAUUUCUUUGAUGAUGUAAUUGGACGUGUAAUGCAAGGGGGAAAAAAGCUAUCUAAUUACAUCUUUCUUUGCUUUAACAGGAGUAGGGGAGACUUCAGGUAUUGACAGUAUGUAUCCUGAAACCAAGGAACAGUUUGAUCAGUUUGAACAAGCACUCAAAACAAAAAUUACAUUUUUUGAGGUAAUCCAUAAAAUAACGUUUGAAAAAAAGCAAUAGUUAUGACACCUACUAGUCUCCAUUGUGCUGAGAUGAAGGAUUUAUAGUUAUUAGAUAAAAGCUUCUUGUGUUACAUUCAAUGAUGGUUUUCCACGGCACAGUUUUGUGAAAGAAAUAUUUAGCACAACAUAUGUACGGUAUAAGCUUGAAUAACAAAACUGGGCAAUGUAAUGGACAUUUUGGCUGAAUAGACAUACUCUGCAACAACACAAAGUACACAAAAAUAAAUAGCUAUUUCUCUUGUCUAAUUCUCUUAUGUGUAAGGUGACUUGUCAAAUUUUUGCAGUAUUCAUUUGCCAGUCUAUAGAAGACGUUGUAGACAACUGAUUGAGAACCUCUUGUUUCCAUUUCCUGUUAAGAUCAAUUAAACAAAUCCAAAUGAGUAAUGUCCAUCAGUGAGUCCACAUAUCUCACCUAGGUAAACAUAUCAGUCAGAGAUCCAGAUAUCUCACCCAGGUAAACAUCAAUCAGUCAGUGAUCCACAUAUCUCACCCAGGUAAACAUAUCAGUCAGUGAUCCACAUAUCUCACCCAGGUAAACAGUCAGUCAGUGAUCCACAUAUGUUACAGUCAAUAAAGUUAUGUACUUGAGUAGACCAAUCUCUUUUAACAGAAAAAUGUUGGCAAGAUCUUUUUUGAUUGAAAUCAACUUAGCUCUUGAACCAGAGCUAUCAUUUAUUUAUUUAUUUUUUAAAUUAUUUUUUUUAUUCUUUUGAUUUACGGCUCUCAUUGAAUGAUUAUUUUUUCAGAGUAGCAAACUGUAUCCAGCAUUUAUAGAUAAGCUCUUUCAUGACAUUACAUUAACAAGUAAGUGCCAUAGUUGUCCUUGAUGUGUUGGGCAACAUAAUGGUAGUGAAGCCUUGUCAUCAAAAUUAACUGGUCUUAAUAUUUGUUAAAUGCCUUUGAUACCGCUGUUUCAAGUGAAUAUCUUUGAAUAGUUUCCAUCUGUCUUCUGCUAUAUCUUAUUAACUAAUGGAUGUUAUUUUAAUGGUUAGUGGCAGCCGAUGAUGUCAAAAGAAUUGCCAAUGCUGUGACUGUAUUGUAUCAUGAAAAGGAGAGACAAAGAAAGGUAUGUUGAGUUGUUAAUUUUUGUACACAGAAAUAAAGGCAUCUUUGAGAACUGUGAGCUGCAUAGCAGUUCUAAAGAAAACAAAACUUCUCUUGAUAUUUUUAUUAAUUACUUUUUUCUGUCCACAACCUGUCACAUAUAUGGAAAUUCUUACAAAUUUGAAGUAUAUCUUAUUUGGAGGUGCACUAAUAGCUUGUGUGUUACAUUUAUAAUUUGAUGGGUACUGCCCAUGCUCUUAUAUACCAGUAUCUAAAGUCGGAUAUAUAUUGACUGUUCCCUUUACACCUGUUCUCUCUUUAACCUUCAAAAGCAUAUUGAAACAGAAAUGAACAUUAUUCUAAAAGCUACAACGUGGAGGCUGCCAUUUAUAACGUCACAUGAGAAAUCCCCCCUGCACACCACGGGCCAAAUGCCGGGUCUAAUCGCCACCAGACCGUGCGGGGGUCAUGUGGGGAACCUCCCUCUGGCAUGGGGGACAUCCGGUCGACCGGCGUUUGCUGUCCACUCUCCCUAAGAGUCUGGGUGGGUUUCCUUCCCCUUCGGGGGGAUUGGUGUUGCCUUACCACCCCCCAAGGAGUCUUUCGGUCGAGACGAAACGGUCGCCUAGGAGCGGCUUUCUCACGGCCACGUAGUUUUAGUCAUCGGAAUGGGCUUUAAACGCCAACCAGACCUCAUAUCCAUUAACGGCAACAUGUAAUCAUGUUACUUUCGUUGCGUUGGAAGUCGUGCAAGCAGCCGGGGUUUUUUGCUUCUGGAGAACAGUACCUCACUACGGGUCUGGCACGCCACGUAGAGGCAAACCCCAUGUGACACCACCAAGUCGUCUUGGCAAUGUGGGACCCUGACUUAGAGGCAUUCAGUCACAGUCCCUCAGGUGGCUGCCAUUAAUAGGUUAAAUCAGUUAAUAUGUACAAUAAAAUAAGUUUUCUUUGAGCCUGCAGAUCAUUUACCAUUAUUAUUUGGCCCUUUAAAAAAAAAAAAGGUUAGUAGACCCUGAAGAAGUCUAUGUCAGUGAUGAAAUGACUUAAAGAUUUGAUUGCAUGCUGAUUGAAUAUUCCAGUUAAAUUGGUCCCAUUUGUCCAUGUUAUGUUUCAGGAACAGGCCAAAACUCAGAAGAAAAAGAAACCAAAAGCCACAAUCAGGGUCGAUAAAGCCGAUGAUUUGGGCUUGGCGGAUGUGGCGGAAGGCAAUUAUUAUGAUGAUGAAGAUGAUGACUUCAUAUAGCACUUAUGUACAUAGUAAUUAGUUGUUCUUUUGUUUGUAAGUUUUUUUUUCAUAUUUAAUUUGUCUGAAGCUGUUGUCUUUCCACUGUGCCUAAUUUUAAUUUCUAUACUGUCCUGUUGUCAUUGCCCUUUGAAACUUCCAAUGGUAAAAUUAGAAAUGAUGGCUGCUCUUGAAAAGUUUGAUAUGCUGCUCUUUAAUAGGCCUCCUCGUCAAUUUAUCUAAAUCCUCUAACAUCUUUUAAAGUUUGCUACAGUUAAUGGCUUUUGAAAUUAUCAUUUUCUCUGCAUUUUAAUUAAAGUUAGAUGCAGUAAUAUCUUGAAGAAUGGCACAAAGAAGUAAAGGAUGGGAAAGUCUAUUUUUGGGGGUGGGGGUGUAUAAUCUUAACUUCAAAAUUAGCAUGGAAAAUGGUUGUGUGAAAUAAAAAGGAUUUGCUCAGAAUAGAACAACCAUGUCAUUAUUUGUCUUUAAAUGAUAUUUUCAGUACAGCUUCUGUGGUUCAUUUGAUUCUUUUUCGCUAAAUUUCUCAAAUCUCAUAAUGCAUGAGGUUUCAAAUUCUUUUUAAAACAGUUUUGUAUCUGGUGGAAAUUUUGCAACUGUAAAUUGAAGUGUUAAAAAAGUGACUUUUAUUAUUUAAGCAGUUUUUUUUUACAUAUGAAUUAAUUAAUUUUAUUUGACAUAGAAAAUCAAAGCUUGAAGCUCAUAACUAUAGGUAGAAGCUAACACAUGAGUUUGAACAUAUUUGUAUGCAGACACAAUAUCAUUUUGAACAUAUUUGCAUGCAGCCACAAUAAGCUGUCUUUGAUGAUUCAAUUGCCUGUUAUAGAAGCUAUAAGAAUAGCUGUUUGUAACUGUGCUAGUAGCUUAAAAUGGUAGUGAAAGGGUUACAAAUACAAGUUAAAUGGUUUUUAAAAUACAGUCAUUUCUGUAUAUGCAAGUCAAUAAGUUUAAAUAAGCUGAAAUGAUUUUGUCAUUUUAUGUCAUUGAGACAUUGAAUUCGACACUGGGUAAUGGUUUGUGAUGCUUGUAUCCCUCCUAAGUAAGGAAUUGAUACAUGUGCUUCUAUAGCACCGGUAUCUGUAGAAGAAUUUCAUUUGGAAUGGGUUACACAAGUUCUUUUUGUUUUAAAAUACCGAUUGAUCAUUGACAUUUUGAUAGAAAAAAUGUUCUGCAAUGUUUAUCAUCCAAUUAUUUGAACUUCAUGUUGAUGUUCAUUUUGUUAGGGAGAAUGUAGUUGUCCAGCUUUUUUUUCCAUUCUGUUCAAUUCUCAUUGCCCAGUUGAAGUGAACCCAUUGAUGCCCAGUUGAAGUGAACCCAAUUGAUGCCCAGUCCUUAAACCACUGCUUCUGGCUCUAAUCACAGAGGAUAGUUUGAAUGGGUUGUCUUUUAUUUGCAAUGCAAUAUUCAUAAUUUAUACAUGUUUUCAGCUUCACAAAAAUAAGUUUUAAAACUGAAUAAAUGCAUGCCGAAUUUGAUGAUUUAAUCAUGAAAAUUGAAUACAUGAUAUCUGAAUAAGACAAAUGCAAAUUUUUUUUAAAAAUCUAUGUAAAUACAUGACUAUGUUGCUGGGCUCUAGGUAAUCUGAUUGAUUUUGAUAGAAUAUCACAGUUUUUUUCUGUAUAAUUGAAGAAUGUGCCGCUUCCUGUGUCAGUAAUGAUUUGAGUUUUAUGAUCAUGCAUUCUGUUCACAUUCUGGCCAACUGGUCAAAGGAUAAAACUCAUACAAUAAAACAAUACAAAUCAUUCUAUGUUUGUCAUAUUUAUUUUCUUGACUGAUUUUUGGGCAUGAAUAAAAAUUCUAUUAUUAACCAAUGAGCACAUUCCCCGGGACUCCUGUAGCCUUUCAAUAGAGCAGAAUAGUUAUUGCCAUACUAUUUCGUUAGUUAUUGCCAUACUAUUGUGUUAGUUAUUGCCAUACUAUUUUGUUAGUUAUUGCCAUACUAUUGUGUUAGUUAUUGCCACACUAUUUUGUUAGUUAUUGCCAUACUAUUGUGUUAGUUAUUGCCAUACUAUUGUGUUAGUUAUUGCCAUACUAUUUCGUUAGUUAUUGACAACCUAUUUUGUUACAUUAUGUAAUAGUAUUUUAAUUUUAUCAUUUAAAACAUUUUGUAACUUUCUGUUGUUUCUUACAAACUGUCUUCUGUCUCUAUUUACCUUUAUGUAUAUUGUAUCAGUUAUUUACCGUCAGGUAUAUUGUCAGUCUCUGUUUACCUACAGUUAUGUUGUCAGUCUCUAUUUUACCUUCAGGUAUGAUGUCUGUCUCUAUUUACCUUCAGGUAUGUUGUCUGUCUCUAUUUACCUACAGGUAUAUUGUCUGUCUCUAUUUACCUACAGGUAUGUUGUCUGCAGGUAUGUUACUGUUAUUUACCUUCAGGUGUGUUGUCUGUUAUUUACCUUCAUGUGUGUUGUCUUUUAUUUACCUUGAGGUGUGUUGUCUGUUAUUUACCUUCAGGUGUGUUGUCUGUUAUUUACCUUCAGGUAUGUUGUCUGUUAUUUACCUUCAGGUAUGUUGUCUGUUAUUUACCUUCAGGUAUGUUGUCUCAUUUACUUACCUGCGGCUACUUUUCUUCGCAGUCAAGCUACUCCCUGUUAACCUUUAACCACAGAUAAGUGUUUUUUUUAUGAGGCAGAAUUUGUUGAUGUUUUGAAGAAAUCUUCGAAACACUUUAAUGGAUUUCAGCAACUUGAAAGGGCGAUCCCGUUAUGAAAAGAGAAUAAAGAGAGCAAUUUAAUUUAAAGUGAAAACAUGAAAAGUUAUCACACAACUCGUGAACAACUGAACAACGUGGAUAAAUGAACAAACACCUAAAAAAAUUAACUUGGCUCAUAAUAAUAACAACACUGAUUGCUGCUAGAAGUUGAAAGCCGCGUGUAUUCUUGAAGGUUGCUCAAAAGUAGAUAAAAUUGCAACUGCUAAAUGAAAUGGCAUAGCCACGAUUGUUUUUUUAAAGGGAGAUGUGGGGUUGUUGAACAAGCCCCCAAAGGCGACCUAGUGACCUCUUCAACAGAAUUUUUUUAAAUGUCUGCUCCCUCCCUGAUCAAAGUGACAGUGAAAGUACCUUGACAGUACCGUACUAGUUUUAGCAACUUUUU